GCAGAUAGACAGAUAGCAGCAGAGAGAGCAAGACAGAUUGGGGACGUUAUCCGAGUUUGGGCUGUUAAAUUGAGGGAAAUUUUAAAUUCUCUGAAAUUUUACAGAGAUGUUUGUAGGACUUUUGGGCAUUUAAUUUUUGCCCAGAUAUUAGACUUUUGGGGCCUAUUUUUCUAUAGUUUGGGAUUUUUAUUUUUAUUUUUUUGCCUGUAUUUAGAUGAUUAAUGUCUACUUCACCUCUCAAGAUUUUUAGACUGUAGGAGUAGUGUUUUAUCUGUGUGUGUGUGUGUGUGUGUGUGUGUGAUAUAGUAAACCAUGGAGCUGGAGCAUUUAGGCGGCGGGGGGGUUAAACCCGAGAGGGACAGCAGUCGUCUCUACAAGAUAGCUCUGGCCAUGUGUGUGUUACUCUGUGCCGCUCUGCUUCUUGCUCUCAUACUAGUGUCUCAAAAAUCCAGUCAGGAGGAGUUCUGUCUGACCCCAGAAUGCAUUGAAGCAGCUGGGUCUAUUCUAAGUAAAAUGGAUCAAUCUGUAAACCCCUGCGAGGAUUUUUAUGCUUUCUCUUGCGGUGGGUGGCUGAAGGAGAACCCAAUUCCUGAAGAUUCGUCCUCUUACGGCAUCUACCCCUGGCUUAGGCAGCAUGUUGACAUCCGGCUUAAAGAAUUACUGCAAGCUCCUUCUGACCCUGACGAACUUGAAGCAGUGACCAAAGCUAAGACCCUGUACCGCUCCUGUUUGAAUGAAACUCUAUUGGAGGAGCUGGAUGCCAAACCAAUGCUGAAAACACUUAAACAGCCAGAGUUUCGGUGGCCUGUUGUGGGUGACGGGCGCGGUGGGGAAUAUCAGUGGUUGGAGAGUCAGUGGAGCCUCCUGAAGACGCUGGCAGCGAUGAGGAAUCAGCACAGUAAGAGCGUCCUGAUUCGCCUGUACGUCUCCCCUGAUGACAAAAACUCCUCUCACUACAUCAUCAAGCUCGAUCAGGCAUCCUUGUCUCUGCCUUCCAGGGAAGACUACAUCACCAACACCUCCUCUGCUCAGGCGUAUCGUGCGGCGCUGCUCAGUUUGAUGGUGGAUGUGGCCGUCAUGCUGGGCGCCCCAGAGAAAGACGCUCUGACCCAGAUGGAAAAGGCUCUCGCCUUUGAGACCAAAGUGGCUCAUAUCCUGAUUCCCUAUGAAAACCGCACCAGCGAGAGCAUGUACAACAAAUACACGCUCUCUCGCUUGCAGCGCUCAAUACCUCAGUUCGAUUGGCUUAAUUUUGUAAAAACUGUGGUGGAGUCUAAAGGUGACCCGGAUCGAUCCAUCUCCUCCUCUGAGCCUGUCAUCGUCAGAGUUCCACAGUAUUUCAAGGAACUUAUGAAGCUCAUCGAGGCCACCGAUCCCCGGACGGUAGCGAACUACGUGCAGUGGAGGACAGUCUUUUCCCGGAUAACUGCUCUGAGCCGUCGUUUCCUCUACAGAUACCUUGACUACGCUCGGGUAACCACAGGAACCACCUCUCUGACCCCGCGCUGGGAUAAGUGUGUUAACUACGUGGAGAACUCACUUGUUUAUGCCACCGGCCGCCUUUUUGUCAACACACACUUCCAGGAGGACAAGAAACACAUGAUGGAGGAGCUGAUCGACGGCAUCCGCUGGGCGUUCAUCGACAUGCUGGAGAAGGAGAAUGACUGGAUGGAUGAUUUAACCAAGAAGCGAGCUGUGGAAAAGGCACAUGCAGUCCUGGCUAAGGUUGGCUACCCAGAAUUUAUUUUGAAUGACACCUACCUCAUUGAAGAUUUGAAGCAGCUAGAGUUAAAAGAGAAUGACUACUACGGCAACGUGAUGCAGACACUGAAGUUCAUCGCUCAAUCCGAUCUCUCCUGGCUACGAAAGAGCGUCCCACGCACAGAGUGGUUUACAAACCCAACAACCGUGAACGCCUUCUAUAGUUCAUCCACAAAUCAAAUCAGAUUUCCUGCUGGAGAGCUUCAAAAACCCUUUUUCUGGGGAAAAGAGUAUCCAAGAUCUUUAAGUUACGGUGCCAUCGGGGUAAUAGUUGGACAUGAGCUAACUCACGGCUUUGACAAUAACGGUCGCAAGUAUGACAAAAAUGGCAAUCUUGAACAGUGGUGGAGCAACUCGUCUAUAGAGGCCUUCAAUGAGAAGACCCAGUGUAUGAUUGACCAGUAUAAUGGUUAUCACUGGAAGGAGGCGGGCCUAAAUGUGCGGGGUAAGAGGACCCUGGCAGAAAACAUAGCAGACAAUGGAGGAAUAAGAGAAGCAUUCAGGGCGUACAGGCGGUGGGUGGAUGAGACCAGAGGUGGUGUGGAGGAGCCUCUGCUGCCUGGAGUUGGACUGAACAACAACCAACUGUUCUUCUUGAGCUACGCACAUGUGAGAUGUAACACAUACAGACCAGAAGCGGCCAGGGAGCAGAUCCAAAGUGGAGCUCACAGUCCACCAAAAUACAGAGUUAUUGGAGCGAUGAGUAACUACGAGGAAUUUCGGAAAUCAUUCAAGUGUUCCGAGUCGUCGAUUAUGAACAGAGGAGCACAAUCCUGCCGGGUGUGGUAACCUUCGACCUCAGCGUGAUACUCCCGAAAAGGCUGAUAAUGCUGUAUUUAUCCAACAUAGUUUACAUGAUAAGGGAACAACAUUAAAAUGAAGUAGAGUUGUUCUCACUGAAACACCCUAACACAUACACAGCGUUUGGGUAAGUGUGGAUCUUUGAACUGAAGCCGCUUUCAAUUGGCUAACAAGAAAAUUUUAACUUUUUAAAGUCAUCUUUCUUCCUUAUGUCACAUACAUUAAGGUUGAAGAUUCUUAUAAAGGACCACAGUUACAGGGUUGGAGACAAACAUGUUUUUGUGAAAUUACAACAACACAGCUAUAUGUGCUGUACAUGCAGCUAAAUAAAAGCACUGCAUUUACAUGAACUGCAUUUCUUCUGAGAAUUUAUGUAAUGUAAAUGUACAAUGAUGAGAACUUUUCUACUGAUUACAAAAAUAUAUUCCAGGUUGUUUUUUGUGACUGUAGGAUACAGAUAUAUCAGCUCAGCUCGCAUUUAUUUGUCAGCAGCCCAAAUUCUGAACACUGUACACCAAAGAUUAGUUCUUUAAGUAAAGUUAUGUUACUUAAUAUUAUUUUAUUUUGAAAACCAGUAUUAUAGAAACAAAGUGAUCUUAAUGUACCGGUGUAUGUACAUCUAGCAAACUAGAUCAGGUACUUUGUCUGUGAGUUGGAAUUUGAGUGUAUGUGUGUGAGUGUGUGUGCAGGCCCAGAUUUUCCUUUGACAGUCUUGCCUUCUGUUUUGCUUUGUUUCAAUCUUGUGUCAGACAUUUAUAUUCAUUGCGCUGCAGUUCAGCCCGAGGCAAAUGAACUUACAGAAUUACAAGCACUCAAACUGCAGCAUGCGCUCUCAUUUGUCUUUGUGUCUCCGUCAGUGGACUGCACCGCUGAGGUGCAUUCACACACCAACAUGAUGUUUCUUGGGAAUGAUAGGAAUACUGUAUGAUGCAUAGUUUAAAAUUUUCGCCAGAAAAUGGGAAAGAAGUAUCUGCUGUAAUGAUUUAGCUGUGAUUUGUUGACUUGGUAUCAGCCCGCUGGUCUUUUUCUUCAUUUAGCAUUUUGUUUUUGAUAAAGAAAUCUGUAUUUAGUGAAAUUACACGUAUCAUUUUAGAAUUAAAUCUACCGAUUAAAAUCAUGAAACAAGUAUUAAUUGAGUUAUUUGAGUUUUUAAAAUUUCUGUAAAGCUUUUUUUAGUGUUACUGCCAAACAGUAGUGCUAAUGUUUGAUUCUGUGCCAAUUAUACAGCUGUUGAGACCUUUUGGUAAACCCCCCUGCCAACAACUGGUUAGUAGGGAAAAACGGGUAUUUCUGAUCUGACUGGAGAACAGUUGAUGGCGGUCUCUACACUGUAAAAAAAUUAAAUAAAAACCAACCAAACAAACAAAACAAAGAAUGUGUUGUUAAUUUUCUGCCAGUACAUUGUCUGUUUUUUCUUUCUUUGUUUGUUUGUUUCUGUAAAUAACAAAUGGUAAAAAAAAAAAAAGUGACUAAAUUCCUAAUAAAUUCUCUUAUUUUAAAAUAGUACAUUGUGCUGUAUUUUUACAGAUUUUUUUUUAAGUGUCUGUUAAAUUAGUCAGAUAGAGCUACACACAAAAAAAGGUUUUCAGGAGGUCAGGACUAAAAGAAAAAUUAUGAUACUUAAUUCAAAAUCAUAUACAACUGGAUUAACUUGUAAAUAACAUCAAUUUGAAAUAGAAAAUCAGAUUUAUUGUGAUCAAUGGGCAAGCCCUAGUCCUGUAACUUUACUGUCAGUAUUUUAGUAGUACAAUAUCCACUGUAGAAAUGAUUAGAUUGAAACCAGUGUAUAUCAUUACAGGUCUUUGUCUUCCUUUUUUCAUUAUUAUUAUUAUGUCUUCUGUUUUACUUCGAAUGUUUUUGUAAGUUAAUAUGUGACAAACUUUUCAUUGUAAUUAUAAAUUUGUAUGCCGUCAUAAUGGUCCACUGAUUCUGUUCUUCAGUUUUGUUUUGUUUUUUAGGUUCCAAUAAAA